AUGUCUAUAAAAGGGAAAACUAUUCACUCGAAAGAGAGAAAUAUAAUAAAUAAUGUUACUAAGUUUUGUGAAGACGAGGCUAGAGAUGAAGCACUUUUGUUUCCCCUUUUUCAAGCCCAACAACGUGCUGCUUCAGGUACUGGUGUUUCACUUAGAACAAUUAAGCGAAUUAAAAAGAAAGAUAUUUCUACAAAUGGACAGUUAUCUACGCCGGGGAAACAUCGAAAGCAUCCUGAGGCUCGGAAUGCAAUAUUGGACAAUUUUGAUCUGUGUGUUCUUCGAAAUAUUGUCAAUGAGUUUUAUGCUAAUAACAAAAUUCCAUCUUUGUCUCAAUUGCGCCCCGUGCUGAAGAAAAGAAGAAAUUUUCCGUGGAAAAGAGGAACUCUGUGGAAAUACUUCCAUAUUGCAGUUUUUCAGUACAAACGUUGCAGAAACCACAGACAGAUCUUAAUUGAAAGAUCACACAUUGUAGCUUGGAGAUUUCGUUUUCUUAGGGAAAUGAAAAGAUUUCGAGAAGCAAAAAGGAACAUUGUUUAUAUAGAUGAAACGUGGUUGGACAGCAAUCUUUCCUUCAAAAAAUAUUGGAGAGAUGAAAAAAUUGGCGCUGCCAUCAAAGAUAGUUCAGGCCAUCAUCUGAUUGUGGUCCAUGCUGGAUCAGAAUCUGGUUUCGUUCCAAAUGCUGGAUUAAUAUUUAAAGCUGGAUCUGCAAUCGGGGAUUAUCACGGGCAGAUGAACUAUGAUACUUUUAAAAACUGGAUAAUUGAGAAUCUGCUACCUAAUAUUCCAACAAAUUCGGUAAUAGUUAUGGAUAAUGCAGCUUAUCUCACAAAAGUGAUGGAUCCCGUACCCACAGAAAGUUCAAAAAAGGAUAAAAUGUGUGCCUGGUUGGAAAAAAAGCAAAUCCCAUAUGAUAAAAAAAUGCGAAAUAUUCAGCUACUUGAACUGAUUACUGUAAAUGCAAGAGGAGAAAAAAAAAAUGUUUCAUUGACGAAAUUCUAA